AUGCGGAAUGUUAUAGCUGGAGUGUUUACAAAGUUUUACCAGCACAUGCUGGCCUUGGCAUUUGCUGUCCAUGAAAUCAAUGGAAAUCCCCAGAUCUUGCCCAAUGUCACUUUGGGGUUCCACAUCUAUGAGAGCUACUCUGAUGCAAGGAUGGUCUACCGCAGCACCCUAGAGCUUCUCUUCAGAACACACAGAUUUGCCCCCAACUACAAAUGCGGCACCCAGAAAAACCUAAUUGGAGUAAUUGGUGGCCUUGAUGCUGAUACCUCCUCACAAAUGGCAGACAUCUUAAGCCUUUACAAGGUUCCACAAAUUGCCUAUGGCUCAUUUGAAUCAACAGUAAGGGAUGCAACCAAUCGCCAUUUAUUUUAUCGAAUGACCCCCAGUGAGGCUGUCCAAUACACAGGAAUCAUUCAGUUACUUCUUCAUUUUGGGUGGAAAUGGGUAGGGCUCAUCACUACGGAGGAUGAUUCGGGAAAACAUUUCUUGAAGGGCUUAGAGUCAAAGCUGUCUCAGAAUGGAAUCUGUUCAGCCUACACAGAAAUUGUACCAAAAAAUCUCCGUUUCAAUAACGUAGGUGAGAUUGUCAUGGACUUUGUCAAUAAUAUGCCAGUUUUCAUGAAGAAUAAAGCCAACACUGUUGUUAUAAAUGGAGAUACUUCAAUGAUUACAUGGCUGGCCACUAUGAUAUGGGGUAAAACAUUGAUGUAUCUAACAGAUUCUGAAUACCAGGAGAAGAACUCCACAGGAAAGGUGUGGAUUACAACAGCCCAAAUUGAUUUCACAUUAAGUCAGUUUCUAAAGAGUUUUGAUAUACAAACAUUCCAUGGUGCCAUUUCCUUCACCCUUCACCCAAAGAGGCUUUUACAGUUCCCACACUUUCUUCAAGAUAUAAACCCUUUACAAGCUAAGGGAAAUGGUUUUAUUAAGAAUUUCUGGGAGCACGCAUUUGACUGUAUCAUGCAAACUUCUGCUGUGUCAAGAGAUGCCUUUGAUAACCUGUGUACAGGGGAGGAAAGGCUGGAUCAUCUUUCUGCACGCUUUUUUGAAAUGAGCAUGACUGGCCACAGCUACAGUAUCUAUAAUGCUGUCUAUGCUCUGGCACAUGCCUUACAUAUCAAGUACUCAUCUAGGUCCAAGCACAGAGUGAUGGAGGAGAAGGGCAGCAGGACAUCUUGGAAUGUAGAACCUUGGCAGGUGCCUCCACUCUCUCUGUGUAAUGAUGAAUGCCGUCCUGGCUCCUGCAGGAAAAAGAAGGAAGAGGUUAAAUUUUGCUGCUAUGAUUGUGAUCCGUGUCCAGCAGGGAAAAUGUCAAACCAUACUGACAUGGACUACUGUACCAGUUGCUCAGAAGAUCAGUAUCCAAAUAAGGACCGAGAUGAAUGCUAUCCCAGAAAACCAAGCUUCCUUUCCUUUGAAGAAAGUUUAGGAAUUACUUUAACUUUUUUGGCUAUCCUCCUUUCUCUAAUCACAACUCUGGUGCUAGCAAUCUUCCUUAAGCAACGGCACAGUCCCAUAGUCAAAGCCAACAACGAGAGCCUCUCCUACGUUCUCUUAAUCUCUCUUCUCCUUUGCUUCCUCUGCUCCUUGUUAUUUAUUGGAGAGCCUAAACCCAUGACCUGCCUCCUCCGACAAACAGCUUUUGGCAUCAUCUUCUCCACUGCUGUUUCUGCUGUUUUGGCCAAAACCGUUACAGUAGUUGUGGCUUUCAUGGCCUCCAAGCCAGGAAACAUUUUUAGAAAAGGGCUGGGGAAAAGAUUGGCUCAUUCUGUCCUUUUGUCCUGUUGCCUUGUUCAGGUAGGCAUAUGUGCAUUUUGGUUGGGUUCAUCUCCCCCAUUUCCAGAUAUGGAUAUACACUCCCUGGCUGAAGAAAUCAUCCUGGAAUGCAAUGAAGGGUCUGUCACCAUGUUUUACUGUGUCCUGGGCUACAUGGGCCUUCUGGCUAUUGUCAGCUUCACUGUGGCCUUCCUAGCCCGGAAGUUGCCAGACACUUUCAAUGAAGCCAAGUUCAUCACCUUCAGCAUGUUGGUCUUUUGCAGUGUUUGGCUUUCUUUUGUUCCAAGCUAUCUGAGCACAAGAGGAAAGUACAUGGUGGCUGUUGAGAUCUUCUCCAUCUUGGCUUCCAGUGCUGGGCUACUGGGAUGCAUCUUUUUCCCCAAAUGCUACAUUAUUGUGUUGAGGCCUGGUUUAAACCAAAGGGACCAGCUUUUGUGGAAGAAGUAA